AUGUUUACUGUCAUCAACUCUAAGUUGGGACUUAGAAGAGGAGGAUUGCAAACUGUGACAUCAGCUUCGAUGUCGGAGAUCAGAAGAGUAUAUAAAUGAGAAGUAUUAUUUAGUAAAGAUAAACAGAGUUUAGAAAGAAAAUCAAGGAAACCAGGACUAAUGAUUUCAGGAAGAGACCUCUAGGUUAAUUUGAGUUGUACACACUCAAUGACAAAUUGGAGAAUUCUUCUGAUGAGGAUGAGUUUCAAAAAUAAAAGAAAUAGAUUGAACAAUUAGAAUUGCCUUUUGAAUCCUUAACCAGCACUCUCAGAACCACCAAACCUGUCUUCAUUGAAAAAAAGAACUAUAAGUAUUUCAUAAAUUAAAAAUAAGACAGGCAAUUGUUCAAAAAGUAAAAUCCAAAAUCCAGAGUUUCUUAAAAACCAAGGAUAACAAUAAGAUUGCCAUUCAAAAUCAAAACGAUAAUUGGGUAUUUCACGCAGAUGGCUACGGUAAAUUAAUGUGGGAUACCUUCUGUAUGUUAUUGAUUUUUUAUGAAAUCUUAAGCAUCCCCUUCAAAUUAAGUUUCGAUGUUGAAAUCAAUUCCACUUUAGAUCAAAUAAUCGACAUCAUGUUCAUGUCUGAUAUCAUUAUUACCUUCAAUACAAGCAUAUACAGAAAGGGAAUACCCAUCUACGGUAGAAAACAAAUAGUUCUCAAUUACAUUAGACUUUGGUUUUGGAUCGACCUGGCAGCCUCAUUUCCCUACGAUUCCAUAAUUACGGCUUCGACAGGAGUGAGUGAGGAUGAGAGUUCAUAAACAACAACAACAUCUUCCAAAGAUGCUACAAAAUACACUCAAACAUUAUCCUUGCUGAGACUUGUUCGAUUUAUGAGAUUUAUAAAGAUCAUACGUCUGUUGAGAUUGGCAAAAUUGAAGGUCUUCUUUGAUAAAAUUGAAGAUGCCAUACAACUCAACAUUAUGUUGUCUACUAUUGUAAGCUUUAUCAAAUUGAGUGGAUUUGUAUUAUUUUGGUCUCAUUGGUUAGGAUGCAUCUUCCAUUAUAUUGCUGUUAAUGAAGACUCCUAAAACAACUGGCUUUAUUAUUACGGCAUCUAUGACGAAGAUUGGUCAGUUAAAUACAUCAAUUCUCUCUAUUGGGCUGUUACUACUAUGAACACUGUUGGAUAUGGAGAUAUUUCCCCCAGAACUCCUUUGGAAAGACUAUUUGGAAUAUUCUUUUUGAUGAUAGCUACGGUUGUAUUUUCAGUCACUUUGAAUAGUAUUGGCUCAUCCUUAUAAGGGAUGGAAGACAAAAAAGCUGAAAUUCGUAAGAAAUCAAAUCAAAUUUUAAAAUACAUGAAAAAACUACAAAUACCUGUUCCAUUAUAAAAUAAAGUGAAGAAAUAUCUGACUUAUAUUUGGGAACAAGAAGCCAUCUUUAAUCUUGAACACAUAACUGAUAAUCUAUCUUAUGCUCUCAAAUUUGAAUUUGAAAUUCAAGUCAAUGGUACAAUCCUAGGUUAUUGUCCUCCUUUAAGACAUAACUUUUAAAAGACCUUCCUCAAACAAGUGACCAAGACUUUCAAAUAAUACACAGCUUUACCUGAAGAAUUCAUCUUCUUUGAAAACGAAUCAAUAGCCACAGAAAAGCAUCUCUAUUUCAUUUAAAGUGGCAAUAUUGAGAUCAUCCUAUAAAGAAAUAAUUAGAAACUCAAUAAACUAGAACAAAAAGACUAUUUUGGAGAGAUUGGAUUCUUUACAGGUUUAUCUAGAACUGCAUCUGCAAGAAGUGUUAAUUAUUCCUCUUUAGUCUAUAUUGAUAAGUCAUUGUUUACAUAACUGUUGAAAUAAAAUCAAAUUGAUUUAGUAAUAAUAUUAUACUUAAUAUAAUAGGAAAGAUUUAAUUACAUUAAAGAUGAAAUCAUAUUUAAUAAAGGUUAUCAUCAUAUUAAUGUCUUUUGCUAUGGUUGUCUUAGAGAUGAUCAUACUGUGAUUGAUUGUCCAGAUAUGCACUUUAUAGUGGAAUAGCAACAAUAUUGUUAAUUUAAAUCUAAUUUUUAGAAGAAAAUGUAGAGUCUUUUUGAAAGGAAUGACAGAGUAUAUGUUCAUGCUCUUCGCCAUAAAAAUAUUGUUAAAUUUGUAAUCAUCUAUAUUUUCAAUAUUCAAGACUGUCACUCAGAUUUCUUCCCUUGCUUAAAAACUGAUGGCUUAGUAUGAUGAAUGCAAUUUAAUUGACGAAAUGGACAAUGGAUAAUUAAUAGAAGAGAAAUUUGAAACUUAAUAAAAGUUAGCUAAACCCCCGAGAUUUGGUCCAUUUAGGUCCAGAUUUAGAGAGGAUAAAGCUAAGUAUAGAAAAAUGAAAUCAUACAUCUAAGAUUAAGAGAUGAAGAUAAAGUCAUUGAAAGCCUAAUAAAAUAUCAGUUAAUUACUCUUAAAAUGUAAGAUCACCUAUAUUUAUUGUUAGAACUUAGUAUUAUUAUGCAAUAAAAAUCGGCUAAUUAGGAGGAGUAGGUAAUUAAAUCUGAAUUUCCAUAAACUAAAUCCAUGGCUACAUCAAUGAAAGUAAUUUCAAAAUUUAAAGAAGAAGAAGAAGAAGGUGAUAAUAAAGAUAAAUAAUCAUCUGAUUAUUAGACGGUUUCCUCCUCUGAUUUUGAUGAUGAGGGGAGUGAGGAAUAGGCAGAUAAAUUAACUUAUAAAGAGAUGAAGACUUAAAAUCAAAUAUUAGAACUAUUAGAGACUUAUAAUCAAUAACAGAAGGAGAGAGAACAGCGAGAACAAUAGAAUAAGGUUUGUUAUGUUUAAUUCUAUGAUAGUUAGAAUCCUAAUUUAUCUUAAUAAAUAACUUUGAAGUUGGAGCUGAUUUUCAUAGCUAUUAUCCUAAAUAUAACAAAGAAUAAAUGAUCUACGAAUAUAAUAAAAUAAAAGACAAUCAGAGAUUCAGACCCAAUUUGGUCUAGUUUUAUGAGUAAUUGUUAUUUUGUAUUUAGAAAUGAUUUUUAUCAUGAAUUAGGAAUAACCUACAUAUUCGAUAAUGGAAGUGAAGCACUCAUAGAUCGUCGAUUUAAAACCAUGUUAUAAUAGGACAGACCAAGUGGCAAGAAGUUAACCAGAAUUGCUAAAUAAUCUAUGGGAUUAAUUAAAAUGCCCGAACAAUUAAGUUAAUUUUAAUCAAAUAAUUUAAUUAAAUUUAGUGAUUAGGAGAUCGAAUGA